UCUUCAAGCUUCAAGUUCAACGCAUAAAUCCGAUAAGAUAAUCGGAUCAAAUAUUCGAAUUCAAAAUCAUUUAUUGGAGCUUAAAAAGUCAGCUUCAAUAUGCAAGUCAAUUCUUUAGAUGAUGAGGGUGAACUAAUUGACCCAUUCUGUGACUCCAGUAAACCAAUACAGGUUCAGUUCCAAGAUGUCAGUGCUGCUGCUUAUAAAAUCAAGUCUGGUAUUCAGGCUACACCCUGCACUCUGUCGCAUAUCUCUGACUAUGUUGACAUGGAGAUAUACUUCAAGAAGGAAUUCUUACAAUACACUGGAAGCUUUAAAGAAAGAGGUGCAAGAUACACACUCAUGAUGCUCACCAAGGCCCAGAAAACCAAAGGUGUAAUUGCAGCUAGUGCUGGGAACCAUGCCCUAGCCUUAGCCUACCAUGGACACGACCUUGGGAUACCAGUUACAGUGGUGAUGCCAGUAAUUGCACCCAUGAUGAAAGUGAUGAGAUGUAAACACUAUGGUGCCAGUAUUAUAAUACAUGGAAAGGACAUUAUCGAAUCAAGAAAACAUGCCAUGCUUCUAGCCAGGGACAAUGGAUCUCUCUAUGUCAAUGGGUAUGACCACCCGCACAUCCUUGCUGGUCAAGGCACCAUGGGUCUAGAGAUAGUAGAGCAAGUGAAGGAUAUCGAUGCAGUCGUCAUACCUGUAGGAGGAGGGGGGCUUAUUGCAGGCACAGCUCUAGCUUUAAAGAAUCUUCAACCUAAUAUAACUAUAAUUGGGGUUGAAUCAGAAAAAUGUGCAAGUUUCACUGCAUCUCUAGAGGCUGGUAAACCUGUUUAUGUAAAUGCAGCCUCGACCCUGGCAGAUGGUUUAGCUGUACCUUUGGUAGGAGUGAAUGCUUUUGCCACUGCUGCUCCUCUUAUUGACAAAAUGGUGGUUGUAAAUGAAGAGUACAUUGCUCUGUCUAUCUUACGUCUGGUGGAGAUUGAGAAGGCAGUGGUAGAAGGUGCAGGAGCCACUGGACUAGCUGCUGUAUUAGCUGGCCUACUUCCAGAACUUAAGGGCAAAAGGGUGGUGAUUCCUCUAUGUGGAGGCAACAUUGAUACAACUAUCUUGGGAAGAUGCAUCGAUAGAGGUCUUGCCGCAGAUGGACGACUGUGUAGAUUUGUUGCCACUGUCAGUGACAGACCCGGGGGUAUAGCUGAUCUUACCAGGCUCAUGUCAGAUAUGCAUGUCAGUAUCAAGGAUAUUUUCCAUGAGCGAGCUUGGCUGAAGUCUGACAUAUUUAGUGUGCAGGUUAAAUGUGUAGUAGAGACCAGGGACCAGGCACACGCAGAAGAACUUAAGAAAAAACUCAGAGCCACCUAUUCUCAUGUUAUAUGGGGCAAUGCUCACAAUGAGGGGACCACAUCUGUGCCAAACUUGGACUAGUCAAAUAUCUAUAGCAGGGCUCUUACCAGGAAAUAUUUAGGGUGUGGUGGAAACAUAUUUAGCAUAACUGUUCAAUCGUGAUGAAUCAUAUUCAUGUUAUAUUUUAUUCUUUUACAUGCUAAUAGUAUGUACUGUAUUCAAUCAAUAUUAGACUGUGGGAACAAUCAAUAUUUGCCAAUAGGUUGUGGUGGGAGCUAAAUAGAGUGUGGUGCUGUGGCACAGUCUAAAAUGGGAUGUGCCAAAAAGUUGGAACGUUACUGUACUUAAACAUAUUAAAUGUAUGUUAAAAGAUUUAUUUAUCCAUUGAAAUACAUUAGAAUAUUACUAAGCAAAGUUCAUUUAAAUGUACGUUGGCGGUAAAGUUAAUAAAUGCAGCCUCUCGUGGUAAUGAGUUUUACAAGACAAUAUUUGAUGUGACUAGGCUAAUAUGACCUCCUCCCAAAAAUACAAUUUCAAGUCUGGAACCCCAUUUCAAAAGAAAUCAUUCAUUUAGUUGUUUGUUGGUUUUCCUCCAAGCUACUGUAUUUGUCUUUAAAUUGGCGCUAGGCCUACUUAAUUUGGCAAUUUUGUGUUUUUGGGCAUUUUAUCAUCUAUUUAAUUUGAUGGUUUUUCAAGUGUCCCAAUUCAAGAUACUCAUUGUCAGUGUCAAUUUGUUGUUUAUAUAAAUUUCUUCAAUAUUUUGUGUUGUUUCUGUAAAUUUAAACAUCCCAAAGGGAGAUAUGCUGAUUACUCAAUUAGUACUAAAUUAGCACUCUGGCAAAAGUGCAUUCAUGAGCACUCAUGUCACGAGUGCUAAUUUAGUACUAAUUCAUCAGUGAUCUCCCCGGGAUUUUUUCUUAGGGUGGUGCAAAAUUCUCAUUUUCACAAUUCAGACCAAAAUUGGUCAAAAUUUGCCAAUUUUUCUCAUUUUCAAGUGGGUGCAAAUGGAUUUUCAGGUGGGUGCAAGCCUAUUUUCAAAAUCUCAGGUGGGUGCUGCACCCACUUGCUUUAAUGCUGGGGAGAUCACUGUUCAUGAUAUGAGUACUCAUUUAGUGCUGAAAAAUCAAUUUUAUUAGUACCAUUUUAUCACUCAUGAUAUGAGUACUCAUUUAGCGCAAAAAAAUCAAUGAAAUUACUGCUAUUUUGUCACUCAUUUAAAAUGCCAUUAGUUCUAUUUUAGUACUCGGCAUAUCUCCUUGUGAUCUUUCUUAUAACUGAAAGUGCACAGAACGAAAAACAUGUCAUAUUCCCGGGGAUUUUGGAGACUUUAUUUUGGUGAUUUUUUAAUUCGCCAAAAUUCGCCAAUUUAAAACGCUCUCCAAAUUAAAGACAAAUACAGUAUCGAUCAAAAACUUCAACUUGGCAAAAACCUGUUAUGUUUGUCAAAUCUGGUAACAUGAUCAACAUUUUGUAUCCAAAUUGAUUGGUAGCAAGCAUUACAGGGUAUUUCAUAUGUAUGCAUCCCACUCUAAAAUCAUAUACAUGUAUGUAGCAUUGUAACCCUCUCAUUUUAUAUAUAAUUUCGUUCAUCAUUGAAAGUUACAUA